AAAUGGGCAUAAAUAUAAUAUUUUUAUUUAAUUUGACUUAUUAAUGGUAGAAAACUAUGGAAAACUUGAUUCUUACUCCCCUGGGAGCUGGUAACUCUCAGUACGUCGUAAGAGUUAAAUCAACUUGUAAAAAUAUUGAUGAAACUUAUGAAAAUGAUAAACCUCGUGAUUUUGUCCUGAAGAUAACAAAAUAUGGAACUAUAGAGAAUCACAGGUCUAGACUAUUGUUUCACUAUCGAUUUGUCCAGUUUUUGAACAGAUUUGAUGCAGAUAAUCCCACCACUGUAGAUCUAAAUGAGCGAAAAGAUAUUCGAAACAACUUGAAUAGGCAAAAUAAAGUUUUAUGUAUAUUAGAUAGGAGUGUGACCACAAAAAUUCGACAAACCUUCAUGAAACUACUAAAACCGUCAGAUGGUUCUGGCCCAGAAUGUAGUGAAAGUCCAGAAAAUCAGAAGACACUGAUUUUCUACGAUAGGAACAUAGAAAAGAACUAUUCUAUUACUAUACCUUCUGACUCAAUAAUAAAAUUAAAUAAAAACUUUGAAGUUGACUCUCCUGAUCAUAAAAACUACUUUAAUGAUGACAAAUACGAAUUGUGUUCAAUUGAGCAGAAUCUAUUCAAUAUAAGUGACUUCAUUUCACUGAACAAUAAAUUAUUAUCCGACUACAUGACAUCUAGAAAUACAGACCCAUUACACACAACAAACACCAAUCCAACAAGCAAAAUUAAUGAUUUAAAUAAAUAUAAAGACAAUCCAGAAGGAAAAGAAAGGCUUGAGGAGGUAGUACCUUUCGAUAACAUCACCCUGGAGUUGAAGUUAAAAUGUGGUUUACUUAACUUUAGAGGCAUUCCAAGCCUAUUUAAGAUGAAACAAGUUAAAAAGAGGAAUAUGAAAUACGUAUUUACAAAUGGUUCAGUUGUUUAUACAAAUAAAAGGGAAUCGUUUUUUGAGCCAUGCAACUUCUUUAAACUUGAAUACGAAGCUAUUCGAGCUGAAUUAACAAAAAUGAUAGAUUCACAUCAAAACAACAUGAGAGUCUUCAUAGAUAACCUAGAGGUUAUUCCAACCUCUUUAAAAGAUAGGAGUGAUUUACUAGAUUUAAUAUCAGAGUCUGUAAUGCGACACAAGGACAUUCUUGAAAUCAUGCUAAAACUACAGUCUUUGGCAGCGGGUCACCAAUUUCUUGGGUCCCUUUUGUAUUCCAUACUACAUCUUUACUUUAUAUUUUCAAAUCAUACUAAUUCAAUCACCAAUACUAAUUUAAUUAAUCAUUCUAAACAUACCAAAGAACAAGAUCGAAGGGUUUCUGACACAAACCCUAAUAUGAUGUGGGAAAACAAAACCCUUAUUACAGAAAAUAACAUUUCUGAUAUAACAAAUAUACUGAAAAGAAACCUUUUGUACAAUAAAUUCACCAAAUGCAGUUCUUACGACAUUCAGCCCCUAUUCUACAAAUAUGGUCUUAAAAUGGUAUUUGGAUUUUAUAAAAACCUAUUAAGCUUACUGAGUUCCUUCAAAAUCCGGAAAGCCUGCAACUUUUAUACCAACUAUCAGAACUUAUCUAUCUCUCGACCACACUUACUUAGGAAUUCACGUUCUACAACUCACUUCCUUUAUAACUUAAAUGAGUACCCUCUGUACUCAUUAUUACAUGAUUUAGCCUAUCACUUGAUUACAUUUAAUAAGGAACGUAAAGAAAGUACUAAAGGCGUUGAUUUUGUCUUAUUGGAAGACAGGAUUGUUAAACUUCUGGUUAAGACGCUUUAUACAAGCAAGUUGAACCCCAGGAAUGCCACGCCGAAUUAUGGGGAAAAACCAGGAAUAACGCGCCUUUUCAAAAUGAAUGACUUAGAAAAGGACCUUGGAUCCCAACUAAUGACCCUUAGAGUAGAACAGAAGUUCCUGAGAGAUUGGUUAUAUCUGUAUCUGUGUGGAAGAGUCUCUAUGGAUCUGUCGGCCAUUAUUAACAUAAUAUAUACCCAAAAUAACAAUUGCAAUAGCGAUUGUAGCAAUCAGAGCACCGAAGAUAGAACUUUUAGUUCUAUUAAACAAAAUCGAAUUUUAGUCGAUGGACUAUCGUUUAUAGAUAUCGACUUGAAGUCCACAGCAAAUAUUUUUAAAUGGAAAUAUGAUUUACUUGAACUAGUCAAUAAUUACAAUCAUAACUCUUAAUGUUAUAUCUAUAUA